AUGGCUGCCAUGCCGUCUCAUAACACCGAGACGGUGCUUGCCGACGCUGGUGGGGUGACUGUCGCACUCGAACACGCUGCGCCCGAGCAUGAACAGGUCAACAACACAAUCCCACCUUCGCCCGGAGAAACCAAACAUCUCCAUUAUCCUCGAUCCAAUGUGAGCCUAGUCGAUCGCUUUGUGGAUGAACCCCGUCAUAUAAGGGUAGCCGUUAUUGGGGGAGGCUUAGCUGGUAUUCUUGGAGGGUGCUUGUUGCCGCAGAAGGUCCCCGGUAUUGAGCUUGUCAUCUACGAGAAGAAUGCUGACUUUGGUGGAACUUGGUUGGAAAAUACGUAUCCAGGCGUUCGUUGUGACAUCCCAUCACACGUCUAUCAGUCUACGUUCGCUCCCAACACUAAAUGGUCUGACGAAUUCGCUCCCGGCGCAGAGAUCAGAGACUACUGGCAAUCAGUUGCCCGGACGUACAGUGUUUACCAAUACGCUAAAUUUCAGCAUCGAGUCGAAGAUGCCAGCUGGGACACAACGGCCGGCUCAUGGACCUUGAAAAUAACUGAUCUUGCAUCCGGUUCCCUCAUUGAGGAUAGGGUGGACUUCAUCCUGACGUGCAUUGGGAGAUUCAACGCAUGGAAACUCCCAAAUUACCCCGGGUUGUCGGAAUUCUCUGGUAUCUUGCGACACAGUUCUCACUGGGAUGAUUCAUUUGAUCCAACAGGGAAGGCUGUCGCUGUGAUUGGUAAUGGUGCUAGUGGUAUCCAGCUGGUAGCAAGUCUCCAACAAAAGGUCGCUAGAUUGGACCACUAUGCCAGAAGCAAGACUUGGAUCGCGGCCUCAUGGGCAGGCGACGAGCGCACGCUUGAGCCACAGCCUAUCCCAGACGAGAAGAAAAAGUCCUUCGAGGAUCCUCAAAAGUACCUCGCCUUUAGGAAGGAGCUCGAGGACAAGUAUUGGAGAAAAUUCUCUACAUUCCUGAAGGGCGAUGCAAAUGACAACCUGCGUCAAUUUUUCACGGAAACAAUGAAAUCCCGGCUGGCCAAGAAGCCAGAGCUCCUUGAGCAACUUGUGCCUGAUUUCGGUCCUAACUGCCGUCGUCUCACACCCGGCCCUGGCUACCUCGAAGCCAUACAGCAGGACAAUGUCGAAUUUAUACGACAGCCCAUUAGAAGAUUCACUAAGAUGGGCAUCGAGACUGCUGAUGGACAGCAGCGGGAUGUUGAUGCAAUAUUCUGUGCAACUGGUGCGAAUGGGGAUAUGGUUCCUCCAUUUACCAUCCAGGCUUCCGGUCGCGAACUUUCGUCUCUGUGGCGCCCUGGUGGGGAACACGGCUUCCCAUACACCUACCUGGGCGCAGCCACUCCGGGGUUUCCUAAUUUGUUCUUUGUUCACGGUCCACACGCGACUGGCCCGAGCGGAACGGUACCGCAGAGUGUUGAGACACAGCUCACGUUUUAUGCUAAGAUUCUUCGCAAAGCGUCACGCGAGGGGAUCAAAUCUAUCGCACCGAGAAAGAAGGCCGCAGAUGACUUCGUCGAAUACUGUGAUGCGUUCUUCGCGAGAACCGUCUUGGUGGAAGGGUGCUCGAGUUGGUAUAAUGGUGGAAGUCCCGGAGCAAGAAUUCAUGGAAUCUGGCCAGGUAGCUCAAACCAUAUUACUGCCAUCAGACGAGAGCCUAGGUGGGAAGAUUUCGAAUAUGAGUACUUGGCCGAAAGUCAAGGAAACAGUCUGCUGUGGUACUUCGGCAACGGUGGAACAAGGGCGGAGCAAGAUCCGCAGUCGGACAUGACAAGCUAUUUGAAGGCACCGCAGGAUAUCGAUCUGAAGGACCAUCAUGAGUCCUGGUGGCAACUCCCGUAG